AUGGGCCAAAUCUCAGAAAAGCAAGGUAACGAGAUUUUGGUAGCCGAGAAACAGAGGAAAAGCAGUGGUAAUGAGGAAUUGCAGGCUGAUAAUCAUAGUGGAAUCCCAGCCAUUGAAAGCCAACUUUUCCUUGUCAUGCCGAUUUGCAUGCCAUUCUUCAGACAAAAAUACAAGGCAGAGGAUUUUCUUGCCUCUGCUAUAAAGCACACAGUACCCAGCUUGCUUGUUUCUUUGGGCAAUGGCAAUAAAAGCAGAAAGGCAAAGCAGAACAAGGUGAUAUCUACUGUCCACGAAGCAGCCUCGUCGUUUGUCCUGGUGUCUCCUGUAGACAACCCUGGACAGUGGACAGAGAAAAGCAAACUCAUUUCUGGCAGUGUUCUUGUUGUUGCGUUUCAGAGAAUAUAG